AGAGCAGUGUUUAAGAGCACCGUUUCUAAAUAGCUCGGUAUAUAAAGUGUUAAGAUGACAUAUUUUCUGCACGUUGCAUAUAAAUAACAAAAACGUGUAUUCGAAGGAUUUAUUUCGUGGGCCUCCUUCGAUCGACACCUAGGCUAACAAUAAGCGUUGCCUAUAGAGCGACUCGCUAUUGCGCAUGAAUUAGGAGCAUUAUGGCUUUUCGCUGAUUCCGGCUGUGAUUUCGCUACAUAGGUGCUCGUUAUAGCAAAGUUCGACCGUGGUUUUGCUUUUUCAUAGAACCCGAGCUGCUCGAGCAACUGGUAACGUUGAACGAUCGCAAGAAAGGGGAUCGCCGAAAGGAGUCACGAGACUCGACGCAUCAAUGAAGCGUUCAAUCCCUCGCGAUCGUUCGAGAACACCGAUGAAAUAUCAAAUUCUUUCUGAUACGUACCACGAUAAUCGAUGGAAUGACUUCUUCAUGCUGCACCUUCGAGGCUAAGAGUCAGCUCGCGGGCUCGAAAGAUCAUUUGGAUCGUGUUGAUCCGGAUUAGCCUUCCCACGAUGCAACGAAAUGCGCGAAGCGAUUUGUCAUGUUUACAUUUAAUCGGACCUCGGCGCAAUGGAGGGAUUGCGACGGGAGAAAGGGGUGGUUCAAAUUUUUUCAGGACGUGAUCUCGACCCGCAGGUUUCUUUAGAGAAACAUAUACUACGGAAUUUUUUUUACUUCGGAAUGGCGCAGAAAGGCCAAUCUUUGUACGAACGAUAAAAUUGUUUUUCUAAAUACGUCCUGAUACGUAUUCUUUAAAAUUUUCGUUCUGUACGCGAACGUAAGCGUGUUCUGUUCGUCUCUACAAGUCAUCUAAAUUAUCAUCAAAAAUUGCUCCGGACACGUACACAUAACGCUUUCCAUUCCCGUCUAUCUCGUUGUACAUCUCGAUUGCUCGAUUCCUCGAUACGUGGAAAUUUCAUACAUGCUUAUUGCAUGAUGCGCCCCUCGAACUGUUUCUUCUUUGCCUUAAUGAUUUCCGUAUUUGAUGAAAUGAUUCGAUUUACGUCAAAUCCACGCACAGACGUGUUAUUGAAUCGUUAAUGAGAGACCCUUAAUGACUGCUGGAUGCGAGUACGGGCUUCGUAUAAAACACUCCGAUGUAAUUACGUUCAAUGAUUGCGAAUUCCUGGCAAUUAUUAGAAGCAUUGCACUCUCCAUUGCAUAGCACUCUGAAUUAGAAAUUCUGCAAUUGUAGAAUUGUUGAAGCUGUACCGUGUUGACUGUAGAGUAUAUAUGUAUACUAAAUCUAAGAAAUUGUAAUGACGACGAUUAUAAUAACGACUAUACAACAAAUCCUCGAACAAAUGCGAACGAACAAGAUAGAGUAAUUACAGUAAUGAAGAGAAUAUAUUUACUACGACAUUUGCCACGUUGAUUAUACCAUACCUCCAAUUAUUCUGUAUUAAAUUAUAAUUUCCAAUCUACAAAUUACAAAUGUGCGUAUUUAUAUUUUUAUCCAUUUAUGCGAUCAUAUAGUUGAUACAAAUUUCUUUCGAUAGUAUUUACUUCAAAUGUCGCUUCUCUUUUGUUCAAAAUAUAAUAGAAAUUUCUUUUAUUCUGCAAAUGUUACAACACGAACUUCACUUCCAAUCUUUUUUCUAUUCUUGUACAUUGUUUGCAUUUUGUAGGUUCUUGCAUAUUCAAAUUUCCUAUAAAUGCAUAAAGAUCCGCAGGUCUAGUCGUCGCACAGCUGAAACCAAGGAAGACAGAAACUAACAGGACGGUUCCUAAAUUCGCGAGGUACGCGAACGAAUGCGCGAGCGACUGUACGUCCUAAACAUCCCUGACAUUUUCUUUUCCACCUCGAGAAAGAGGUUGUCCAGAAUUGAAUGGGUCGAAAAAAACAAAAGUGGCGCAGUACUCGCCUUCUCCGGGUCAGUCCAGGCAAGGUUCUAAGGCAAUGUGAGGCAAGGUGAAACGAAGCAAGGCAACGCGCAUCAUCAUCCCCCCUUUCUGUUUCAUGGGGGCCCCGGUCCCAACACGUUCAAGUAUCAUCUUAUUAGAGCCACGCUAUAUAAACCCAUCCUGCCAGCAUGCCCAGCAGUUACGUACUGACUUUAUUCACAGCUGUGUGCCGGAGUGCAACGAUAUUGUUAUACGACGAGAACACGUGCUUCAUCCGAACUGUAUCCGUGUAAUCCGACGUAGUGCUUUUAUAAAGAGUCGACUUCCCAUUCCCCACAGUGAACGUUCCGAAAAGCGGUGCGUGAGUUAAUUUCGACACGCCUGGGUCAACAUUGGUGCCCCAACAACAUGUUUUACCUCCAGAUAACAAUACUCUGCAUGGCAGUGGUGUACGUCAUCUGCGAUUUACCUCCAGGAACAAGACGUAACACGUACCUGCCUCCCGAGCCAACGAAGGGUUACAAUUACGAUACGCCACGGAUACCAUUCCCCAAGCCCUCGACCUCCAGACCACCCUUUUCAUCAACAACGCCUUAUCCAAGCCGAACAACGCGUCCUUAUCCUAAUCCAAAACCAACCCCGAAAUUCCCGCCGUCGAGGCCAACUCCUGGCGAGGGUUAUCCGCCGCCAGGUCCGAGACCCACUCCAGAGUUUCCAGACUAUGGAGUACCGACCGGACCUACUGGAAACACCAUUACUCCCGGUGGACAUGAUCACCACCAUCACGAGCCAGGCAUGCCGUUCGAUUUUAAUUACGCAGUGAAGGAGGAUGCAUUCGGCAACGACUACUCCCACAACGCAAUUAGCGACGGCGACAUCGUUCGCGGCGAGUACAGAGUCCAACUUCCGGACGGAAGGACGCAGAUCGUUCGUUACACCGCCGACUGGAAACACGGGUUCAGCGCGCAAGUCUCCUACGACGGAAAUCCCCGUUUCGACGUUCCUCGGCCGCCGGGCAGCUUCGCUGGCUAUUAAUUGUAACAUGGUGCCUAGGGGUUGCAAACUUGUACGAUAUUUAUCUCUUCGUGCCCUCGCCUAGAUGCAGCGAAUGUCUAUUAUUUUCUUUUCUUAUCUUUUUUUUUUCCUUAACUCAUGACGGUUUGUUUGAUCGCAAACAUAAGUAAAUUACGAUGGAAACGAAAUUAAAAAUAAACGCAACGUAGAUCGUUUUUAUUAUUGGUUUACCAUCAUUAUAGAAAAUCGCAUUAAACAUAAUCGCAAGCGAAAUACUUUUAUGAACUAAAGAAUAAUUCGCGAAAGGUGAACACGGUAGAUAUUUUAAUCAUAAGGCAAAUUGUCUGAAACUGUUAUGUGAAUCGAAAACUAUACGGUGUGCACGAAAGGGUUUAGUACACGUUUGUUUCGCGGUUUUUAUAGUUCUCACCGUGCAGGUUCGACGUCCCUUCGACUUCCAUUCGUUGGCAGUAAUCAGACAUGGGCAAAAUGAAAUUUCGAAUAAUGGAUGACGAAUAAUAGCAACGUGUAAUGAUUUAUUCGCGGUACUGUAAUUUUAUUUACAAUUCAAAUUUUAAUUUUUGUUAAACGAAUAACCCACAAAAAAUCGUUUAUCUUUCAUCCGUUAUUCGAAAUUUUCAUACAGAUAAGAAUUUUGUUCAGCUUUGUCUCUAAUUGCUCGAAUCGUCUAGAUAAUUAAAAUUUUUAUUUUACGUUUUAUGUCGCUUCGUUUACAGUUGGUAUCCACUGCUAGGAUUGCUAUCCGUGUCAAAUAUGAGAAAAGUACAUAAUGAACUUCGAUCUUCAUUACGCGCUACUUUACUUCUCUUAUUUAUAUUUCUAUAUAUUUAAAAGUCAUGAUACAAUGAAUUAUGGUAAAAAUGUUGUUUUUUAUUUUUGAGAAAUAAUAGAAGUGAAAUAAUUGGUAAACACAAUCUCUUGUGAAUAAAUGAGUAAUAUUAAGUUACCUGAUAGCUAGUUGACAACAAAUUAUUGAUGUAGUGUAUAUACCGAACUCAGACCAAAAUUAUUAUUAUACCAUGUUUAGCAUAUAUAUGAAAUAUGUAUAAUACCAAAUGGACCAAUAUUAUUAAUGUAUCUAUAGAAGAUUAUGAUUACAUAUCAUUUGCCCUUUUAUUAUUCCUAAACAAUGAAAAACAUCAAUUCCUACCAUAAUUUUAUUGGAAAAGAAAAAACAUGUAUCAUUAUUUCCAAACUCGAAAAAAGCUGAGGACAGAAAAUGUUUAGAAAAAGAUU